UAAAGACUCGCGAGAAAACAUAUAUAAUAUGAUGGUCGUUCAAGGUGUCUAUCAAAAUCGCGAAAAAUUUAUAGACAAGUCAUGCGGUUAGCACAAAUUGUAUACGUCGCCGUUUGGACAGCCAGCGUGGCUGGCACAGCUAUACCGAACCCCGUAUCACGGAACACCAGACUAGCAGAUUCCGGGCUUGCAAGUGAUAGUAAUCUUGGACUGCGAACUCUUAUCUUAGGGUCUACAGACGAGAAUGUAAUCGUGCCUAAAAAUAUUUUGAGUGCGUACGGAUCACCAUACGACGUUUACAUUGGAACACAGCCAAGUUAUGCGGAGAAUAGUUGGCACUCUAUUGUGAUCGCUGACAGCGAUGUCGAUCCGGCAGAAGUCCGACAAUAUGCUGUGAGAACACGUGCCCGUAUUGCUAUAUUACAGCCCUUGAAAGACGAUUUAGGCGAUCUAGGUGUUGUGCAGUCAAAUGUGAACGGUUUUCCAAACGUGACGGUCGCCACUGGUGUGCCGGCCAGUAUCUCAGGUGUACUAAACAACCAAGAAUCCUGGAGUAUCACAGAGUUGUCUCCCUUGGCUGUGAUCAUCGUUGAUAAUGAAGCAGUGCAACCUUUUUUGAAGUACAAUGUAGUAGGUAGCAACGAUUUUCUGGCUGCUUUCGUCUCCAAGAACAAAGUGACCGGUACUGAGGAAAUGCACUUUAUGUUCAACGCGAUUGCGAAUGAAUUAACUCGUGAUUUUGACAUUAAUUACUCUGUAGAAACGGAAUCUACACACAUUAACUUAGCUCUUGGACAUGCAUGGAUGGAAUGGGUUACACGCGGCGUAUUCAUAGGAUAUCGUCGUAUGACUCUCAACUUACACAUCGAUGAUUGGUAUCACAAAGCUGUGCCACUAGAUGCACCAAAUGCUGCUGCGCAACGUAUCCAAGGCGUGGAUGUUGAGAAUUACGCAACGUGGAGAAAGAGUUUACACACCAAACUACCCGUGGGAAGCGAUUUCAAGCUCGAACCGGCCUUCAACGGCGCUGGUAUUGCCAUGUUAGGGUUCGAAGACACCGAAGGACUUCUGGAAGCCACACAGAAGAAUGCCGCUGAGUUUUUUUGGGUUUCACACACAUGGACUCAUGUGAACAUGGACUGGGUUGAUUCUGCGAAAACUACACACCCUGAUGCGGUGCGAUAUGAUGCGGAGUUUGACUACAAUAAGAGGGUAGUGCGCGGUGAGGGAAUCGCGACCGAGGAGUACAUAGAUGCGUGGGCAGGCUACCCUGCUACACCAUCUGGUCAAUUUCUCAACAAUGAUCCGAUUCUUAUGAAGAACAAUUUUUCCCCACACUCCCUUGUCACACCUGAGAUAAGUGGUCUGUGGCCAAAGGACUUCAACGGGAAGGUUGCUGAUGGACGUAAGGCAUACCCUAAGAAUGAGUUGUUCUGGGAUCGUUUGAUUGCCAAUGGUAUGUACAACGUCGUGGGCGAUACUUCUAGGCUUGAGACGGUAGCCGAGUACAAGUAUCAUGGCAUUUUCACAACUAUCGAUCAAUACGGGACGUCAUGGGGCAUGAUCAUGCCCCGUUUCGGACCAAACGUGCCCUGGAAUUGCUAUACGGAAUCCUGCCUUGAAUAUCACUACAACGACGAGGGUGCAUGUGGCUGGAUCGCGUAUGGACCUACCUGUCCGGGGAAGAUGUCAGGCUCCGACAUCAUCAUCCGUGAAGCCAAAACAGCCACCAUUCCACUUCUCCAACUAAGAUGGGAUUCGUACAUGUUCCAUCAAGCGAAUAUGUUCAGCCAACCGUACAAGUCUGGUCAGGUGGGGUUGGUUAGCCAGUUCGCCGAAGAGGCAUUGUUGGAUGUCAUGAGAUUCGUAGAUGGCCUUCCGUUUGUAUCGCUGAAGAUGGAUGAUCUUGGUGAUUUGUACCGUGAACGAAUGACGAGAGACUACUGCGAUAUCCAAGGGUCAAUUACAUUUGCAACCGAUGGCACACCCUCAAGUAUCGAAGUGCAGGGUAAAAAUGGUCCAUGCCAAGCUGCUGUGACGAUAACGAGCAGAUCGGGACUCAGCUUUGAUGGGGAAGCUGUCACUGUGUACGGUCCGGACAAGACCAGUUUCCAAGACGCUACUACGAUUAAGGCGGCAAAAUUCAAGGUGGCUGGAAGCUUCUUUUAACGCUCACAUACUAUCCGGUGGCAGUAUUGCGCGUAUCGAUCACAACAAACGGAAAUAUAAUUCCAACUAUUAGUACUAUUAUCUACAAAUAUGGCCAUUUUACUCAAACUAUAAAUAAUUUUGGAUACGAGAUUCAACACAAACAUGAUU